AUGAGUAGCAUGUCGUGUUAUACCCUGGCAGAAGGUGGAAGCAUCUUCCCAUCUGGCGACGAACUCGGUGGGAAUCAAAAGACAGAGCAAGGAAAUUACUGGAUACAAUGGAAUUCAAGGCUAUCUGAUGAUUUGAACACAACAAGCCUAUACUCAGACGAGCAUGAGAAUGGCAUCGAGCAAUGUUUCGACGACGCCGAUGAACAUGAGAGGAGCAGCCAACAGGAGAGGUCGUCAGCAUGUGCCAGAGUUUCUUCAGGUUGCAGCACAGGGCCUUCAGAAGAACAAUCUGAGGGGCCAGCGCCGUUGGAACUACAGCACUCCAAGGAAACAAACGACAUCUUCUUGAGUCAAUUUUCGGAUGAUGAAAUGAGGAUGAUGGAUGCGCCGUUUCAGGCACUUGAUAUGUUCCCUGGCUCCAUGCACAGACUGUUGUCCUAUGAGAACAUGCUGAGUGGAGUAUUGACUGAUUCUCAAAAUCAAGAAGCAAAUCCAGGUCAUAAUGAAAUGGACACCAUGGAUACUUGCGGCUUUCCUUUGUUCAGCCAUGACUUGCAAAAUGAUCCUAGCAGCGCUGAUGGCAGCUUACAAACACUGCUGAGUGCCUCCCAGGACAAGGCUGAGGUGAGCACCAUGAAGAGGAGCAGAUCAGUGCCCGAUAUAGAGAGCUCCUCCAACGGGGAAGUAGCAGUGCUUGAGGAACUUGAAGAUGUCAUGUUUCAGCUGACAAAGAAGACACGUGUAUGCCUCCGUGACGCUUUCUACAGGCUGGCUGAAAGCUCAGAAGCGCAGUGCACUGCUGUAAAUGGAGCAACACUAACGUGCUCAAACGAGCAAAGUUUUCAGCAAUCAGAGGGCACCGAAUCUAGCACCUCGACAUCAGACCGUGCAGAACGGGAGACGAACGCGAUAGACAGAACCGUGGCAAUCCUCGCGUUCAAGCCGGCUUGCUCAGCUGCAUGGGAAUGA